AUGUCUUUCUUGCAGAGCGACUAUCACUCUAUCCCUCAAGACUCUUUGGCUCAAGCACAUAGGGAGAGCACAAACAAUUCUCUAGACAGCGUAGACCUAACAACUCCUGCUAAUACAGCCCAUGGGAACAACUCGUUUGUGUUUCAAAAAUACAAGCCAAACACGUGCCGGGAAUUGCACGCCCCGAUUCUCGCAAGGCAACACAACGCCAUUACAUUGCCUGUGACCAUCUUUCCUAUUUUAUUUGCUUCCGGCGUCGGUCGACUGGUUUACGACAUUGCCAGAUGGAAGCUUGACAAGGGUGCAACUGUUGGAACAUUGGAACAACUUAUCGGAAGCCAGACUCCUAUGAAAAUUGACACCAUGGAUAUUUGGAUGAACGUCAAGAUUCCGUUCUUGGAGAGCCAGACCAACCGGUCCAGUGACACUUGGAAGGACGCCCUUUGGAAGCCAUCUUCAAAAACUUACUCCUUCCUCGCUGGAAUUCCGGUGACUAAUGUGCCUGUGGGAAACAUAUUAAUCCCUCGAAUCAAAAUGGUUUCAGCGAUUUCCCUCACCGAUCACACGCUUCCUGGGGCCAGCCCGGCCACGCCGGCAAUAUUCGAGAGCGAGACGGAUAUUGAGGCCGGGCCAACCCGGCUUUUUCUCCAAGUCCAGAUAUUGAGCUGGAACACGUGGCCGGUUCAAGCUAUUUGGGACGUGAGACAAGAGUACAUCGAGUCCCGCGUCAACUGCUCACGCAAGGACCUUUCAGCGCAACAAAACUGCACCGCCACCACCCAGCGUCACUCACAACGCCGACAUGCCGCAGAGAAUAGAACUACUCUAUCCUUUAUCGACAUAUCUUGGCACGUCUAUUUCCUGCUGCCUCGAGGAUCUCAGGAACUAUCACCCUACAACGCAGAUCUUAGCAUGCAGUAUCUGAUCGAUCCAAGCAACAUCGAGAAUAACACUGUUUUAAAAGCCAACAUUACAGUCGCGGCUAAGGUUACCGACCUGGUGGAGGUUUAUGCCAUUUCAAAAACAUGGGCGGCCCUCUUUAUCCUCUCAUCGGUCGUCUUGAUUCUUGGGGGUGUUGCAAGCGUUGUGUUUGCUCAUCCCGACAAUGGGCCCGCCAUAUUUGGCUAUGUGACGACGGUGCUUCGCGACACAGGGUUCAUUGACCUGCCUCCCGUUGCCAAAGAUAUGGAUGGCGGGGAUAUUACAAUCCUGGUUAAAGAUGUGAGGGUACAACAUGGGUUUAUCAGUAGAGAGGAAACCCUUAUGAGCCGAGACCGAGACCGAGACCGAGACCGACACUUACACAUCAACUCAAGGCAGGCACCUGGCGUGUUAUUUACGAGGCCGGCAGAUGUCCUAUGUCUAUGGAAAUUCUUCAGUGUGUUUGUGCACGUUUUCAUUAUGAGUGGUGAAGCCGGUCUCAAAUGCUUGCAAUGGCUAAUCAGGGGCAUGCAGCUGGGUUCAUCCCUCCUGAUCCUCGCCGUUUAUUCAUAUUUCCUUGCAACUCUAGCAGCACAUGGUUAUGACAUCAACACAAGCAUCCGUGCCGUCGAAGGAAUAUCCGGCAGCGCCGCUCUCUAUGGGAUCUUGGGGCUACUUCUGAUCUGUUGCAUCGGUGGUAUCCCCAUCGCGUCUCUUAUUGCAAUUAUCCUCGACACCAGCUUCCUUGCCUGCUUCAUAUAUGUAGCUGUUGCUAACAAGCACGGCGGGGGCAAUUGCAAAGGCGAGGUCGAUACCCCAUAUGGACUAGGAUCGGCAAAAUCUAGAGUCAAAGGGAAGAGGGGCUCUCUAGCACUGCCGACUUAUCGAGUCGCAUGUCAGCUGCAAACUGCCUGCCUAGUUGCAGCAAUCAUUUGUGUUGUCCUGUUUUUCGUUUCGAUCAUCGUCGAUAUCGCGCUGGCGCGUGGUCAUUAUGCCCAACAUCGACUCGAGAACAAGGACUACGGAUAUGGAGAUGGCGAACGAAGGGUCUUUUUGGACCGCAGGUCAGAGCCUAGUCCCUGGGGUGCGGUUCCAGAUGAUCUCCCGGCACAUGCACAGCCCGAUGACAUUGAUCUUCACCCACGCGACAGCAUACAUAUCCAUGGAGGCAGAGAGCGCGAAGGUAUAUCAGAUGACCAAGGGAGUCACUACUAUCCGCAUGAUGGCUCUGAUCAGACCCAACGGUCUAAGCAUCCAGAGCCACCAUAUCCUAUUUAG